AUUAUUAUUAGGUACUAUCAUAACGUCAUGAAGAUUAUGAGUAAGGCAGGAAAAUGCUUAUUUUAGUUGUAGGUUUCAAGCGUGUUUUUGACGAUGAGCAAGAGAUUGCUUUAAAAAAUGAAAUUGAAAAUAUGGAGAAGUGCAUGAUGGGAUUAACAUCAUAUGAUGUCAGAAAACUGGCGUUUGAUUUUGCUGAAAAAUUAAGAAUUCCUCAUAACUUUAACCGUACAGAAGGGCUUGCUGGCAAGGACUGGGUGCAUAACUUUCUAAAACGCCAUGACUUAUCUUUUAGAAAAGCUGAGCAUACGUCAGCCGCCAGGGCUCAUGGCUUUAAUCAAGAAGCAGUAAAAGAAUUUUACACGCUAUUAAAAAAACUAUUAGAUGAACAGAACUUUGCUCCUGAAAAAAUCUUCAAUGUGGAUGAAACAAGUGUAUCCGUAGUGCCAAAGUCAUCACCCAAGGUAAUUGCCCGAAGAGGACGUCGACAAGUCGGAGGCUUGACUGCAGCUGAGCGAGGUGAGACAGUGACAGCGGAAGUAUGCAUGUCAGCAGCAGGAAUGUUUAUGCCACUAUUGCUAAUCUUUCCUCGAGUGAAAGUCAAUCAGGAGUUCUUGAAUGAUGCACCUCCUGGAGCAUGGGCGGAGUUUCACAAGACUGGCUACAUGCAAACGGAGAUCUUUGCAAGAUGGUUCAAGAAAUUCAUUGAAUUUUCACACGCCAAACCAGAAGAUCCUGUGCUUCUUCUUCUUGAUGGGCAUGCAUCGCAUGUAAAGAAUUUGGAAAUUAUAGAGAUGGCAAAAGAACAUGGUGUGAAAAUAUUAUGUUUUCCUCCUCACUGCACGCACAAGAUGCAGCCCCUGGAUGUUGGGUUUAUGGGUCCGUUGAGCAUUACUUUUGGCAAAAAAGUCUCAGCAUUGCAACGACAAAGAAUGCAAAUGACAAUGAGAAAUAUUUUCUCUGUAUUUGGCAAAGCAUUUCUUGAAGCGGCUAAAAUGGACACUGCAGUCAACUCGUUCAAGAGAUGUGGCAUUGUUCCUUUCAAUCCAAACAUCUUUAAGGAAUCUGACUUUGUUACAGCUAAAAAAAUAUCCAUUUAACUCCAGAAGACAACCCUUCGGUUUCAUCCACUCCAAGAAGAGCAGGUAAACGCAAUAAAUUUAUUAAAGAUGUUAAUGAUAAGAUUUGGUAUAAAUUAAUCUUAUACAUUUAAUAUAAAUUUAUUUUAUUAUAUAAUUUUCAGAGUCCAUUGCAACUAUUGCUUCUUAUUCCAGUACGAUUCAAUACUUGAUAAUGCAAGCUAGUCCAAAGGUAUCGCAACCUAGUCAAAAGGUAUCUCAGCCUAGUCAAUUAAAUUCUAAGGAAAGUUCGACUUUUAACAAACAUGACGAGCAAGAGAAAGCAGAAGAGGAAGUUCGGAUUCCCUUAUCUUAUAUUCUACAGGCAAGACCACUCUUUGAUUUUUUGAGUCCAAUCUUUCAGGCCAAUUCAACCGAUGUUCCACAAAAACAUUCAGAUGCUUCUAUUAACAAUGAAAUACCUCAUCAAACACGAGUCGACAACCAGCCUGGGAAUUCUUUCAAUGAUACUGCUCUGAAUGCACCUGAUUUACUUUCAUCGAUUGAGGAUGGAGGUACUUCGAUAGAAUUAAGAGUUACUUCUACACCUACAAGCUCAUCUACGCCAACGGAAACUGCAUCAGUUCAAAAGAAGAAAGGUAGAGUACGUGGUAAAGCAGCUAUCAUCACUGAAGGCUCAUACAAUGAAAAUUUGUUGGCUAAAAGAUCAAAAAUAUUAAAAAAGAAAAACCUGACAAGAAAAGCAGUGCAUCGAAACCCCAGAUUAUAUCAAACGUUGCUUUAGAUCCAAGUCAGCACAUUUAGCCUGCCAAGCGCAAGCUAUCUGCUUCCAAUGCACAAAGAAAAAGGCGUAAUGCACUUACAGAAAUAAACAGUAAAUUACAAAUUCAAUCAGUUCCUGAUUUAGUGACAGCGCAAGAUCAACCUUACCAAAUAUCUCAAAAUGCUGUGGUUUCUUUAGAAGAUGGCACACUCGUAUUGCCUAUGGAUUUUACUGCAGAUUAUUGCAAUAUUGUACCUAUUCCAAACGUAUAAAAUUCAACUUUAAGUGCUAAUUUAACAGACCAAAGUGUACAAAUUUGUUAUAUUUAAAUUUUGUUAAAUGUAAAAAAUUUUGAAAAUUUAAAUAUGUUUGAGGUUUGAAAUAUUAAAUAUAAAAUAAAUUUGAAUUUAUUAACUAAUAAUUACGAAAACAAAUUAUUAAAUACCCUUCAUUUUUUAAAUAAAUGAAAUAUAUAGGUAUUUUGAUUGACAAAAGUUGCGACGCGAUAGCCAACCGUUUCAUGUGACACUCAUGCCCCAUCAGUAUGUCACUGCUGCCCCCUGGUGGGGCACGUAGAGCAGUUUUCAAGAUCUUCAUAUUUGAUUUUUCGUUAAGCAGUUAAACAAUAAAAUGAUUUAAAAACUACCAUAUUUGAUUCCUUACAUACUUUUCUACAUUCUGUAUUUUUUUCAAUGCCUCAGACUUUUUAUAUAUUGCGUAAUUAUUAUUGAAAGUUAGGGUGUCCGUGACGCCCCACCCUCCCCUACGCUAAUGAAUGUAGUGAAAUCAAUUUUAGUGAGAUAUGAUCAGCUGACUAGUGUUUAUUAAAAAAAAAGGUUAGAAAUUUUCAAAAAUAUUAUUUUGCUGCACAUUAGCCGUCCCGUCGUCUUAUAGUUUGUCGAUGAAACAUUCUAAUUUUUAUUAUUAAGGUGUUGUUAAUAAAUGAGGAAUUUGGUGCAAUAAAUAAUAUCACCCAUUGUUCCAGUGGACCCUUCGGGUUAGUGUUGUAACUUUAUUUAAUACUCAUUGUUAGAGAUUACACUUAUAUCCUCGGAUACGCUUAACAUAUGCUCGGGCUCUCUAUAUAGCCAUCUUACGCUCUCGGCGGUCGAGUUGCUUCUCUUACUCUAUACUCAGGCUCUCACUCUACACCUAUAGUUACCGCUACCGGGCGCUAGUCUAUCCUGCUUGCUAUAGUCGCGCACGCAUGUCUGCUUACAUAUUCUCUAUAGUGUAUACGGAUAGUAGCAUGUAAAUUACUCAUAUCUCAACACACCUCCUUUAUUUUUAUGCUACUCAAACUUUAAAUAAAUUUUAAAUUCAUUUUAAAAUUUUCGAAUUUAAUUCUACCCGGAACCUUUGUUAAAAUAUCAGCAAUAUUAUUUUCUGAGUCUACAUUUACAAUUUCAAUUUCUUUCUUUUUGUAGCACUCAUUUACAAAAUGAUAAUGUACUUCAAUGUGCUUCAAGUUUUUCGUCAUAUUACCAAACUUUGCUAUUGCUGUGCUCCUGAGUUAUUCUCGUAUAUUUUUAUUGGAUUUUCUAAAUUUAUACUAAAGUCUUUUAGCAAAUUUUUAACAACUUUGAUUUCACUUACAGUUUCUGAUAAAGCUACGCACUCAGCAGCUGUUGACGACUUUGUCACACUGCCCUGCUUUCGGAGAUUCCAAUAUAUAAGAUUCCUGAGGUGGAUUUCCUAUCGGAUUUAUCUCCUGCCCAAUCAGCAUCAA